AAACAAAGAGGUGCCACGGCUAGUUUACGCCCGCCCUGGUAAGACAAUUAUAUACGUGGUGUAUACCCUGGGGGAUUGGGACCAUCUCCCACACAAAAAAUAAGCAGCAGGAGAAUGGCCAUUAAUUGCAAAAUUGCCACUGUUAUAACGUACUAGUAAUACGUACGACAUUGAUACUUCUCUCUUUCAUAGCCGUCUGCUCCAUCUCUCCUCCAUCGCCCACUCCGACCAAACCCAUCGCCAGAGGAACGUCGUGAGUAGCUUCAAGAAACUGAACCAGAUUUUCGCAGAUCUGUUUUUUUGAGACGAAACCCUAACCUGAAGGUUCAAAAUGGAACCCAUGGAUAUUGUUGGUAAGGCGAAGGAGGAUGCAUCCCUUCCAAAAGCGACCAUGACUAAGAUCAUUAAGGAGAUGCUGCCUCCAGAUGUUCGUGUGGCGAGAGAUGCUCAAGAUCUCUUAAUUGAGUGUUGUGUUGAAUUCAUAAAUCUUAUUUCAUCGGAGUCCAAUGAGGUCUGUAACAGAGAAGAGAAGAGAACAAUUGCACCAGAGCAUGUACUCAAGGCUUUAGAGGUUCUUGGUUUUGGGGAGUAUAUAGAAGAGGUAUACGCUGCAUAUGAGCAACACAAGCUUGAGACGAUGGACACGCUAAAAAGUGGAAAGUGGACCAAUGUAGCUGAGAUGACGGAGGAAGAAGCGUUGGCCGAGCAGCAGAGGAUGUUUGCGGAGGCACGGGCAAGAAUGAAUGGUGGGGCUACAAUCCCAAAACAACCGGACCCUGAGGCCGCGAUUCCCAAUCAAUCAGAGCCCGAGCUGAGUGCCAAUAGCCAACUUUAGGACCUCUUUUGUAAACCAUAGGCAAGCAUCUUACUCCCAUAUAUUCUUCUCCAUAUGUGGCUUUUCACCUUAACUAGUGUACAAAAAGCCCUUUGCUAGUGUACUGAAUUAUCUAGAUCCUGUGCUUAUUUACUUUAUAAGUUAUGUCAUCAUCUUAUUGUAAAUAGUGAGUUUGUUUGAA